AGACUAGAGGGGAGGAGCUCCGCUCAGAGGUGUUUUCAGGUGGAGGUUGUGUUGCAGACUUUUCCCAGGUCCGCUGGCGCCACCUUCUGGUCAGAGCCUCGUCCUAUUUUCAGCUCUGCGCCUGUUUAGUCGGUAUUACGGUAGGUGUGCAGGUCUAUUACCGUAGUCGAGGACGUGUCCGUGGGCCUCACACACCAACAGCUCCAUGACCAACGACGCUGGAGCAGGGCCAGACACUAAGGACCAUGCUGGAACUCUCCACUCUCUGUUUACAACACCAACAAGUGCCAAGAGCCGACUCGUUGUCAACAGGUUUGACUGGUUGUCUUCCAAACCAAACUGGGACAUAUAGACGUUGACUGACCCUCCGCAGCCAGUUCUUCUCUCAGCUGCUUCACCGAUGCCUCGAUAUAAAGUGUUCUUCAGUCAGUCUCUGCGAUGGUCCAGCCCCGUCACUCAGGCCCUCGCCCUGUCCGUCAUCACCUUCUGCGUCGUCCUUCCUCUGUGCUGCCAUCGGCUGCUCUACUCCUAUUACUACAUCAAGUCCAUGUACCUGGACUCCAUGAGCGAGAAGGUCCUGAAGGAAAGCCGAGCGCGAGGCCAGGACGCUCUGGACUUCUGGCGGAGCUCCACCCGGACGGCGUCCUUCAAAUUCAGAGACAUUGACCAGAAUCCAGAGCUGCUGGUGACUGUGGUGACGUCGAGGCGGAACGAGGGGCGGGACUUCCACUACCUGUUGCAGGUGAUGCUCCAGCUGAGCAGCAUCAUGGGAGAAUGUGGGGAGCGCCGGUGUGCAGAGGUGCUGCUCUGCGACGUGGAAAGAGCCCCCCAGGAAAACCAGGAUGCCAAGUUGCUGGAGUCCCAUUUUCGGGUAAUCAGGCGUUCCCCUCAGGAUGAGCAGAGGAACUGGGAGGGCAUCAACACCUUUGAGAAAGAGAAGAGGGACUAUGUCUUUUGUCUCCGUAAGGGAUGGGAGCUGGUGAAGCCCAGGAACAUGGUGGUCCUGGAGGAUGACGCUUUGCCCAGGAGGGAUUUUUUCAGGGUGGUGAAGGAGCUGCUGUCCCGUCGCUUUGCCCUCCACACUCUUUACAUCAAGCUGUAUCACCCUGAACGGCUGCAGCGCUACUGGAACCCCGAGCCCUACCGCAUCCUGGAGUGGGUAGGGCUGGGUUUGGUGGGAGCCACGGUCCUCCUUCUGACCGCCCCUUACUGGAGACCCUGCUCCUUCUCCUUCACGCUGUCCACUAGCCACCUCCUCUUCUUUACCAUCUACUUCAUGGCUGCAGCUGAGCUCUUUGGCCGCCACUACUUGCUGGAGGUGCGGAGGCUCUCCCCUCAGCUCUAUGCAGUCUCCCCGGCCACCGAGUGCUGCACGCCAGCCAUGCUUUACCCUGGCAACGCCUCCCUCAGGGUCGCUGAGUAUCUGGAUGGGUCCUUCUGCGUCAAGGGCAACGCCAAAGACAUGGUUCUGUAUCAGAUGGCCAGGACAGUUCCUGGAGAGAGAUCUCACAGCGUGGAACCCAACCUCAUCACACACAUAGGGGCCUACUCCUCGGUCAGGGCCAACCCAUCCAGACCCAAACUCCUCUGACAGAACCAGAACCAGGGGAGUCUUAAUCAGGAUCCUCCUCACUUGGCUCAACUUUUCUUUUCUGUUUUCAGACGCCUGAACGUGUCACUUCUUCAUGUGCAGGUUCCAUCUUGUUUCUAGUUUCAGACGUGGUUUUCAGUCCUUUAUCUCACACUGCUUCAGUUAUGGGUUUUAAGAACGACUUCAAAAGACGCUGGGAUCAUUUUAAAGGAAGUGGAUUUUCAGAAUCGAUACGAUCUUGAUUUGAGAGAUCCAGUAUCGAUUCCUAAAAUCCUCUUCCUGUUGGAAAUCUUGCUGUUCUGCUGAUUUGGCAAAAACACACAAGAUGCAAGACAUGACAGAAGCUCCAGGACUGAAAGAUGACUGGAUUUAAAAAGUCUGGCGGCAGAGGAGAGUUAGAUAAAAAGAUUGAGGAGAUGCUACAAACCUCUGGAGCCAGUGGCAACAACAUGAGGUUUAGUUUAGUUAAAUCAUUUUGAGCCAGAAUCGAUGCUCGGCCUUAGGAGGUGGUGGGGCCACAUUUAGAGGCAAAUGUGUUUACAGUUGAAGACUGUAGUGAAAGGUUGGCCACCAUGGAAACAGAACCAGGAUGAGGGUGUGUCUACUGGUUCAGGAACAAAGGGAACCAGAAUACUUUUAACACGAUGGUUUUAUGAAGACGUCAGAAAUCGGAACCAGACCAGGCCAGACCCAGUAUCAUCAUGCUGGACCUCUUCUUCUUUUAUAGCUGGAGUGACUUUGAGUUUUGCUGCUCACCUGAAGGGAUUUACUCCCUCAGACCAGAUGCUGGCCUUCCAGAUGAAUUACAGGCUGUACGGACUCUCUGCUGCCAACCUGUUAAUGUUCAUAUCCAUAAGAACCAAUGUCACUGUACUGGAAAGACUUUUUAUCCACCUUGUAGUUGGGAAACAAGCUGGAUCAAAGACGCCCGGACUUGUUGUUUGAAGACAGACAUACACUUGAAUUAGGUUUCCUUGUUUCUACUGAGGUGAUGAAGGCAAAUGUUUCCUGUCAACAUCCUAGCUUCUCACUGACCACCCUGAUUCACUGAAUGUGCCUUUUAAUCCAUCACACAAUCUUCUUGAUUGGCCUCAGAACUCGAGUCUUUGUACGUAUCGGAUAUAAUCAUGAAAUGAAAAUAAACUGUAGAAAUUACAGGAAGUCGUUGCCAAAGUAAAACCAACGGGCCUAUGAAAUGUAUCAGUCUCUGAAAACACCAGGACGUUAGUCUGUCUGUGGAGGUUCUCAGUCCUCCAGGUCCUGGUUUAUAUCCAAACAGAGUUUAAAGAGUCAUCUGGACGUGUGGAGUUUAGAGAAGACGUUCAGGUCUAAGAGACUGGAGGAAGUUUGAACUCUGAGGGUAAAACCAUCAGAGUCUGACUGGUUUUGGUUCAGUUAAUGACUAAUGUCUAUUAACGUCUAGAUACUGACCUGUGGUUAAAGGUGGUGUGUGUGUGUGUGUUUCAAUCUUCAGCUCUAAUAAUGAUUUACAGACUGUAAAGGCAACUCUCUCUCUCUAUAUAUAGCCUUUUUAGUUGUAUAUAUAUCUAUUUUGAGCAUUAAACACACACCAAUAUGUUCACAAACAACAAAUAGAGUUACAGAAAACAGUUAGUGGGAAAUAUCGUGUCUUUAUCAGUUUACAAAACACUGUAAACUUUAUUCCUCCUCUUUGGCAGCUCUAGAACAAAUGCUGUAAUUUAUUAUUUCUUUAAAUAGCACUUUAUUAAAAGAAAAAUAUAAUAUGUACACAUGCAACAUGACUAAGUAAAACUUUAUAAAAGAAAUAUCAAAUAUAAGAAUCCAAAUGUUUGAUGAAAAACAUCAAUGAAUCAUUAAACUGCCUUAAAAGAUUUUACAUUUUCAUUUAAAAGAAGUGUAGAAAAGUUCAAACUGAUAUUUGUGAAAUGAAUAAUAUUGUUGAUUAGUUUGGUUGAGGUUUGAUUUGGGUUUUAUUUCUACCACGUGUGUUUUAUUGAAAGCAUAAAUGUUACUUAAAGGUGUGAGUGUAUUGUUGGAUCUGGGUUUUCUGCUUUGGUUUUGUUUUAUUUUUUAAAUCUAAAAUGAUCCUUGUAUCCAAACAGAGCAUCUAAAAUAUCAGCAAUGAUGUGAUGGUGAAUUAUCAGAAAGUAAAAGCAAUGCAUGAAACCGGUAACGCUCCAACAUCUUUCUUCCAUUUUGAGCUGAUUGAGAAUCUGAACACGUCUUGUUUUCACUUUUUUUUCACAGUUUUCUACGUUUGAAAUACAAUAAAUCGCAUUUUAAAGUUUGAA